AUGGUCGACAGAGGUUCUCAACUGCUUGUAGCUUCAAAACAGAAGACGAUGAAGACGAUGCGCAGCCUCCUCUCCAAGCUCCAGGGAAUCACCCCCGACCCCUCCCCGACCAUCCGCUUCCGUCGCGAUCUCGUCCCCCACAGUCCCCCCCAGCAUCCCCACCGGCUACGACACAUCAUGGCAAACCCGCCGGCUCGCGAACUACUCGUCCAACCCCUUGCUUCGCCUCCCCAACGAGCUGUUGCUGGAGAUCACGGAGCGCCUCCCGCCGCCGGACCUCUACGUCGUCCGGCAGGUGUCGCACCUCUUCGCGGCGCUCUUCCGCUACGCCGCGUUCUCAAAGUACCACCAGCAAACCGCGGCGAUCGACCCGGCGACGGCGGAGCCGAGCGUGCACCGGCUGCUGCGCGCCCAUCGCAAGCUCAGGGGCAAGACGGCGCCAGCUAUCCAUUUCAUCCCGGGGGUCGAGUUUAA